CAAGUCAACCUGGAAAUCAAUUCCUCUGCAAACAAACUCGCGCACACGACACACGACACCUUCUCACUCUCCUCCUUGAAUCCUGAUACAACUCGAACCCAUCAUGUCAGAGCAGCAGGUUCUCAAGCCCGAGAAGGACUUUUCCAAGGAGGUUGAUAAACAACUUCCUGAAGCUGAGAAGCUCGCCCAGACUAAUGUUCAAGGUGCAAUCGAGAAACUCACAGCUUUGGAGAAGCAAACAAGACAGGCCUCAGACCUUGCAUCCACAUCCCGAAUUCUCGUCGCAAUCGUCACAAUCAGCAAGGACUCAGGGGACUGGAGUUUGUUGAAUGAGCAGGUUCUUCUGCUUUCCAAGAAGCAUGGCCAACUCAAACAAGCGAUCACGAAGAUGGUGCAGGUGGUGAUGGGAUUCCUGGAUGCAGCCCCGAACCUGGAGACAAAGUUGACAGCCAUCGAGACAUUACGGACGGUCACUGAGGGGAAGAUCUUUGUCGAAGUCGAGCGAGCUCGUGUGACUAAAAUUCUCUCCGAUAUCAAGAAGGAGCAAGGUGACUUGAAAGCGGCUGCGGACAUCCUGACUGAGCUACAAGUAGAGACCUUUGGAUCUAUGGAGCGCAGAGAGAAAACCGAAUUCAUCUUGGCACAAGUCGCACUCUGCAUAGAGAAUGAUGAUUGGACACAGGCUGGUAUUCUGAGUCGAAAGAUCAGCACAAAGUACUUGUCAAGGAAGCCAAAGAAGACUGAGGAACAACUUGAGAAGGAGAAGAAGGAUCGUGAGAAGAGACGAGAGAAGGGCGAGGAAGUACCAGAGCCAAUUGAGGACGAUGUUACAGACCUCAAGUUGCGAUAUUACGAACUGCAAAUCACCCUUGCGAAGCACGAUGACAAGUACCUGGAUGUCUGCAAACACUACAGACAGGUUCUAGACACUGAGGCUGUUGAGGAGGAUCCACAAAAGCUUCACUCGGUCCUGCAACGAAUCAUCUAUUAUGUUAUCCUUGCUCCUUACGACAACGAACAAUCCGAUCUCCUUCAUCGCGUUCAUAAAGACACCCGAAAUUCCCAAGUCCCUGCCGAUGCUCAACUCCUUAAGCUCUUCACAGUCCACGAACUCAUGCGAUGGCCUGAAGUUGCGAAACAAUACGGUCCACAUCUCUGCGGUACUGAUGUGUUUGAUGCAGCUCUGGGGCAAUCGGCCGACAAGAAGGCAAACCAGAGAUGGGAAGACCUACGCAAGCGUGUCAUUGAGCACAAUGUUCGUGUCGUUGCCAAAUACUAUACCCGCAUUCGGAUGCCUCGUUUGACUCAACUGCUUGAUCUCUCAGAAGAUGAGACUGAGAAGUACAUCAGCGAGCUUGUCACCGCAAAGACUGUCUAUGCCAAGAUUGACAGACCUGCCAGAAUAGUCAGCUUCGCCAAGCCCAGAGAUGCUGAUGAUGUUCUUAAUGAGUGGAGUGGGAACAUGAAGAGUUUGCUAGGUUUGUUGGAGAGAAUCGACCAUCUGAUCACCAAGGAAGAGAUGAUGGCCAGAAUCCAGCCAGCAAAGGCUCCAAAGGCGUCCAAAACUGGGAAGGCACAUUAGAGGAAGAUCUUUGUAUGUGCUAAUAGUCUGAUUUCUUCAUGAUACCGUUGUACACUAGUCUAGAUUCUAGGUAUCUCAAUGGAUCGACAUGACCCUUUAUCCAUCUAUGCCACGACGCCGUGCUAUGCCAGAAAAUAUAAUCUAUAUACCCAUACGCUCUAUCCCUUAGCCUCCUCUUUUUCCAAGUACCUCAAAACGGCACAUCCAUAUCCUCCACACUCUCCUCCACCUUCUUAUCCUUACAACACUCCCUAAUAAACCCAAUCAAAACCCCCAUCAUAUCCUUCCCAACCGGCACAAAAUGGCCCCCAGGAUGAUAAACCACCUUUCUUGUCCCCACCGCACACC